AUGUUCCCUCCCCUGCCCUCUCUUCCUGUCCUUUGUUUCCAUCCUCAGGACCAGUUUGAUAAUCUGGACAAACACACUCAGUGGGGGAUUGACUUUCUUGAGCGCUACGCAAAGUUUGUCAAGGAGAGGCUGGAAAUAGAGCAAAACUAUGCCAAACAGCUACGGAACUUAGUGAAAAAAUACUGUCCGAAACGCUCUAAAGAUGAGGAGCCGAGGUUCACAUCGUGUCUGUCAUUCUACUCCAUACUGAAUGAGCUGAAUGACUAUGCUGGUCAGAGGGAGGUGGUGGCGGAGGAGAUGGCUCACAAGGUUUAUGGGGAGCUGUUGAGGUACGGCCAAGACCUCAAAGCGGAGAGGAAAUUUAGCAAAAAGAAGUUUGAGAGGGAGUGCAGGGAAGCAGAGAAGUCCCAGGUGACCUAUGAACGGUUAGAUAACGACAUCAAUGCCACCAAAUCAGAAGUUGAGAAGGCCAAAGCUCAGUUCUACCUGCGCACUCACAUGGCUGAUGAAAGUAAGAACGAGUACGCCGCCCAGCUUCAGAACUUCAACGCAGAGCAGUGGAAACAUUUCAACAAUGCCAUACCACACAUCUUCAAAAAUCUGCAGGACAUGGACCAACGCCGAACAGUAAAGCUUGGAGAGACGUAUCGAAGCUUUGCUGAAGCAGAGCGGAGAGUCAUCCCCAUCGUCUCUAAAUGUCUAGAAGGAAUGGUUUCUGCUGCCAAGGCUGUAGAUGAGAGAAGGGAUUCGUCCAUAGUCGUGGAGUCAUUUAAGUCUGGCUUUGAACCCCCGGGCGACUUCCCCUUUGAAGACUUCAGUCAGAAUUUAAGCCGAACGGGUUCAGACGGUACCAUCAGCAGUACACCCAAAGGUGACAGAGACAGAGACGGAGGCGUUGGUUCGAGGUCCGAUCCGAAGCACCCCAUGAGCAGAACCAAGAACAAGCUUUGGCUUUUUGGAAAGAAACCAAAGCCCCCCUCCUCCUUGCCCCCUCCCCCACCUUCUCUCUCCUCUCGACAGUGGUCCACCUCACACCUUUUCCGCACACCACGCAUCAGCUCUGACCUUGUGAGCCACUAUCUGUCUGAGAUAAAGGCUACAGUACCCAGAAUCCCCCAAAAUUUGAGGGGCCUAAGGAGAGGGGCACCUUCUCUGGAGGACUUCAGCCACUUGCCUCCUGAGCAGAGGAGGAAAAGGCUUCAGCAGAGGAUUGACGAACUCAACAAGGAGCUCCAGAAAGAGAUGGAUCAGAGAGAUGCACUGAACAAGAUGAAGGAUGUGUAUGAGAAGAAUCCUCAGAUGGGUGACCCCAACAGCCUGCAGCCGAAAAUAUCAGAGACCAUUUGUAACAUGGAGAAGCUGCGCUCUGAAAUCCACAAAAAUGAGGUGCUUACACUGGGUGUGAGGCAGACAUGGUUGUCUGAAGUGGAGGGAAAGCAGAGCUCUAGAGGAGACAGAAGACACAGCGCAGACAACCACCACCACACUCCUCAGGGCAGAGAGAGUCCUGAGGGCAGUUACACCGACGACACGAGUCAGGAGCACCACACGCCUCUCCACCGGCCCAGGCCUGCACAGCCUGGACAACCAAACCCAGACCCCCACGAGUUUGACGAUGAAUUUGACGAUGAUGACCCGUUACCCGUCAUCGGGCACUGCAAGGCGCUGUACUCGUUUGAUGGUAAGAACGAGGGGACACUCGUGAUGGCAGAAGAUGAGGUUUUGUACAUCAUCGAAGAAGAUAAAGGGGAUGGCUGGACGCGGGCAAGAAAACAGGGCGGGGAGGAAGGCUACGUUCCCACCUCCUAUGUAGAAAUUACUAUGGAGAAAAACAGCAAAGGUGCCGUCACCUACAUAUAA